GAUAUGGAAGAAGGAGAGAGAGAGAGAAACUAAAACCAACAAAGAUCUGAAUUUUGUUUAGAUUACAUACUUUGAUCAUCUCUACAGUUUUUAUCAUUUAACAAUUGCACCGUAAAUUGGACUCACACAAAUCUAAACCAGAGCUGCUAUCAUUGCCUGCUACCCCCCACCCCUCCCCUCCCCUUAAUUUUAUACUUAUAUAUCUCUGUCGUUUGCCCUGGAAAUUGGACCCUCUUUUCCACAGUCGGCCCCGUCGCUUCCCUAAAGAUUACCCAAUUUUUUGCUUCUACUCUUCCCUCUACAUUCAACAUUCCCACCUUUAUAUAAUCUUUCUUUUUGCUUCCUUCUCUUACCUUUCUUGCUUCAAUCAUUGCCUUUCUCAUCUCCCAGCUAUAAUUACUCGAUGUUGAUAUGAAACAUGGGAAGCUGUAGCCGGGAAAUGACUGGGUUUUUCCUAUUUAUCAUCUUUUUUACUGUCAUUGCCUCUUCAUGGGGCCAUGGAAAUCCAGGCGGGACGAAGUUUGAGUUGAUUCACAGGCAUCAUCUUGAAAGAAAGCCCGCGACUCAAAUCCAGCGCCUCAGGCAAUUGCUUCACAGCGACACCAUUCGCCUGCCUGAGAUAUCACACAAAGUAAGGCUAAGACAGGGCCAUUUCGAUGCAAGUAGGCGACAACUCCCGGAGGAAACUGCCUAUUAUCCAGCCUGCACCAACAGCAGCCGUAGAAGCAAGAAUGACAACAAUGUGUCCGGUGAAAUGCCAAUGCACUCGGGCGCUGAUUACGGGACCGGGCAGUACUUCGUCCGGUUCAGGGUUGGAUCCCCUGCGCAGAAACUUAUGCUGAUUGCGGAUACUGGAAGUGAUUUGACUUGGAUGAACUGUAAGUACAGAUGCCGUGGCGGUAGGUGUCGGAAGAGUUCGAAUAAAGGGCGGGUUUUUCUCGCGGACCAUUCUUCUUCCUUCAGGACGGUGCACUGUUCGUCGAGCAUGUGCAAGAUUGAUCUCGCGAAUCUCUUCUCUCUCGCCCGCUGCCCUUCUCCGAUGGACCCAUGUGCUUAUGAUUACAGGUACUCAGAUGGAUCGGCUGCACUAGGGUUGUUUGCAAACGAGAUGGUCACAUUUACCCUAACAAACAGAAGGAAAACAAGGCUAAGAAACGUGCUGGUUGGCUGCAGCGAGUCCACCCGGGGCCAAAGUUUCCAGGGCGCUGAUGGUGUAAUGGGGUUAGGGUACAGCGACUAUUCGUUUGCAGUUAAAGCAGCAAAGAGAUUCGGGGGCAAGUUCUCGUAUUGUCUGGUCGAUCACUUGAGCCCCGAGAACGUAUCAAGUUAUCUCAUCUUCGGUUCCCACAAAGAAGUGGGUAUAACUUACAGAAGAAUGCGCUACACAGAGCUACUCCUAGGAGUGAUCACCCCAUUUUAUGCUGUAAAAAUCAAAGGCAUCUCGAUUGGGGGAUUGAUGUUGGACAUUCCACCUGAAACAUGGAACUUAACCGGUCAAGGCGGAGCGAUCAUUGAUUCAGGAUCCAGCCUAACAGGCUUGACUCAAAAGGCAUAUCAGCCCGUAAUGGCUGCACUAAAACUAUCACUACUAAAUUUCAAGAACCUAAAUUUGGACAUCGGACCGCUCGAAUACUGCUUUAAUUCGACGGGGUUCAAUGAAUCUGUGGUGCCAAGAUUAGUGUUCCAUUUUGAAGAUGGAGCAAGAUUCGAACCACCAGUGAAGAGUUACGUGAUCGACGCGGCCCCAGCAGUGAAAUGCCUGGGGUUCGUGCCUCUUUCUUGGCCUGGUGCAUCUGUGAUUGGAAAUAUUAUGCAACAAAAUCACUUGUGGGAAUUCGACCUGGCUAAUAGUAGAUUGGGCUUUGCUACAUCCUCCUGCAUAUAAACUUGGCCUGAUUCAUUAUGUAGGAAGCAUUCAUAGUUCGAUGUAAUUUACAUUCUCUCCUUCAUUCAAUUUGUAUACAUAGAAAGAAUUGUUGUCUUCCUGUACAACUCUUACCCAUAAUUGUUUGGUUUCCUCUGGAAAUGUAGAGAUGAUUGUUCUUCGAAAUAAGUUCCAAAUUAUUCAGUUCCA